GCGAUUAAAGCUAACUAUAACAAGGUGCAACCACAGCGAAUGAUGUGAAGUUUUAUAGCAUAUCAGACUGCCGAGAUGAUUUCAUCAGCAACCUGAUUCGCCAAAUAUGUUGUCUCACAAUUUUUCGAUGUCACUGACGAUUAGAAAACAACAUCGCGGACUAAACACUAGCUAGAACAACAGCAAGCUGAGUAGUAUGCUGGACGUUGGGAAGUGGCCAGUAUUUGCACUCCUUCCUCCUGAGGAACUACGGCUUAUCCGGCAGGCUUGUGUCUUUGGCAGUGCUGCAAAUGAAGCCCUCUAUGUCACAGUUAAUGAUGAGGUCUUUGCUCUGGGCACCAACUGCAGUGGAUGUUUAGGGCUCGGAGAUCUUCAAAGCACGAUUGAACCACGCAGGAUUGAUGUCCUGUGUGGAAAGAAGAUCGUGUCCCUAAGCUAUGGAACAGGACCGCAUGUGGUCAUUGCCACUGCAGAUGGAGAGGUGUUUGCUUGGGGCCAUAAUGGCUACAGCCAACUCGGGAAUGGGACCACCAACCACGGUCUGACCCCUGCCCUGGUGUCCACCAACCUCCUUAGCAAGAGAGUGACAGAGGUGGCCUGUGGUUCCCACCACACUAUCGCCCUCACAACUGAUGGAGAGGUGUAUGCAUGGGGUUAUAACAACUCCGGCCAAGUCGGCUCUGGGUCUACUGCCAACCAGCCGACCCCACGCCGGGUCAGCAGCUGCCUGCAGAACAAAGUGGUGGUUAACAUAGCCUGUGGUCAGCUGUGCUCUAUGGCUGUGCUGGACAAUGGAGAGAUCUAUGGUUGGGGCUACAAUUGCAACGGACAGCUAGGUUUGGGCAACAAUGGAAAUCAGCAGACACCGUGCAGGAUCGCUGCUCUCCAAGGUGUCAACAUCGUCCAGGUUGCCUGUGGAUAUGCACAUACAUUGGCACUUACAGAUGAGGGGUUUGUUUAUGCCUGGGGAGCCAAUUCAUAUGGGCAGCUGGGAACAGGCAAUAAGAGUAACCAAGCUCUUCCCACUCAAAUAAACACAGACAAGGAGAGGAUGGUGGAGGUGGCUGCAUGUCACACCAGCCACACGUCAGCUGCCAAGACCCAGAGCGGGCAGGUUCUGAUGUGGGGUCAGUGUCGAGGUCAAGCCGUGGCCAGCCCCCACCUCACCCACUUCAGCACCACAGAUGAUGUGUUUGCAUGCUUCGCCACACCGGCAGUCACAUGGCACCUCCUCUCAGUAGAUGGCGAUGACUACUUGACGGUGGCCCAGUCUCUGAAAAAGGAGUUUGACAGCCCAGAGAUUUCAGACCUGAAGUUCUUGGUUGAUGGGAAGUGUAUCCAUGUUCACAAGGCCCUGCUGAAAAUCAGAUGUGAGCAUUUCCGUGCACUGCUGAACGAAACAGACGAGGACGCCAUAGAAAUCCACCAGUUCUCAUACCUGGUGUACAGAGCCUUUCUGGAGUAUCUCUACACAGACACUAUUAACCUGCCACCAGAGGAUGCUAUUGGGUUGCUAGAUUUGGCUACAUUCUACCGAGAGACGAGGCUGAAGAGGUUGUGCCAGGAAACGAUCAAAAGAGGUAUCUCUGAGGAGAACGCCAUCACUCUGCUCUCUGCUGCUGUCAAGUAUGAGGCACGGGACCUGGAGGAGUUCUGCUUCAAGUUUUGCGUCAACCACCUAACAGCUGUCACGCAGACCCAGGCCUUUGCAGACAUGGACCACGACCUGCUCAAGAACUUCAUUAGCAAAGCCAGCCGCUACGGGGCCUUCAAAAACUGACUAUGGAAUGCCCCUCUGGUGAUGGAUUCAACAUGAUGAGGUUUAAGCUCACUGAAGUACCGAGAGUCAACCCUAGACCAAAGUAAACACGAGGCUGAUCACCAGUUCAAAGUCUUGUCGCUGGGGAUGUAAACACUGGAGAGGCAGUGGUUUAAGGUUUCACCUUCUAACUCAUGCUUCUGUAUUACUGCCCUAAACCUCACCCAAACACAUUGGUUGCUUGGUGGGGUAAAUACACCACUUGCACAGUCAUAAGCAGACAGCGCAGAGGCCGAACAGAAAGAUGUGCUUCAGUGGUUGUCUGUUUGUCACCUUCGUGUUACAGACUAUAUGGUUGGCUGAUUUUGGCGUCUGAUUUGUUUGCUCAAGCUUGUCACCAGACAAAUGUGGUGCAGGGGCUUUCCUCACAGCAGUAACCACUCGGAUAUUAUAACUGAAAAACUGCAUGCUAAUAAUAAUUCACCACAGUACACGGGUUUGGUAUCAAACGUAAGUAAUUCUUUUUAGAACACUGCCCUUUCUCAGAAAGUAAAACAAAUGAUCAAUGCGUAUAUUGUUCUGUAGUACAUGAUGUCUGAUGAGUGGUGACAGGAAGUGAUCAGCAACAAACAAGUCAGCCAUGAAUUGACCUUUCACAUUGUGCUGCUUUUCUUUGAAGCCUUGACUCUCAAACAUUCUGGAUUGAGAAGUAGUGUUUAGUGAGGAAAAAAACAUGCAAGCUCUUCUUCUGUUUUACAAAACUGCAACUUAAGUUUCCUUGUUUUUCUGAACAAUCAUAGUCCCAUGAUCAUAUCUGUUCUCUUGUUUAAGUCAGUGUCACGUUUUGCCACUUUGUUUUAUAUUGUAGUUAUUCGUCUUUGCCAUCCAAAGUUAGGGUUACUGUUUUUAUUGACUUAGAUUUGCGCCGUUUUCAUGUUGACAGUGUCUUUAGCCACUGUCAGAAGACUGAUAGAAAAAUGUGCAGUUCGUUACACUUUAUGACAGAUAAGAUCAGAUAAGAUCCUACCGCGUGUUUACUUGUCUUCAGAUUAAUCCUCUCUGUGCAGCUGGAAACAGUGUCUGACUUACACAAGCAUACUGGUUCCUGUGUAGCCUGUCGAUGAUGUUACACUGUGGAUGCAGCUGAUUUUACAGUUGUGUUUCAUUGCAAUUUGCUAUGUUUACAAAAGUUUGGUUGUUCAUUGUUGUUUUGUUUUUUUUUUGUUUGUUUUUUUAUUUUUAAAAUGUUGGAAGAAAACCUCUCAUUCUUUUUUACAAGCGUUUCUUUAUAUCUCUCCCCUGGUAGCACCUUGUGGUAAUUAAAUAGUGCUAGCUUAGUGUAAAUGCCAACAGUGACCGUGUUAAAUAUAGCCCAAGUCUCAUACAGUAUAAGACCACAAGGAUUUUAAAUGUAGUUACCAGAUAAUUCCACAUUAAAUUCCUAAAUCUGUAGAAUGUAAGAAAAAGCUUUUACUUUAACAAGCCAAUUAUUGUAUUUUUUGAAACAUUUUGAUAAUUACUAAAACAUGCCUGUGUUAUUAUUUUGUAUGGAAAAUGCUGCACACUUCUGACAGUGGCACUAACAUUUGACAAUCUAAAAUAUAUUAAAGUGAAUGACUGUAUAAUUUCA